CGCCGUUACAAGCUUUCAGCUACUAAUCAAAUAAAACGGUUCUCAUCGACAGAAACACAGAGGCAAGGUUUUAGGUACCUAAAAAUUCAUUAACGUCCUCCUCGUUUCAUUGUUUUGUGUUUGAACUUCAGUAGCGUCGGUUUAUGCAAAACUACUUAAAUCCUUCAGACUAUAGGUGGGAUUUGCUUUUUGGAGGCUUAGGAAAUGGUGUUGGUGUUAGCUUUGGGGGAUUUACACAUACCACACAGAGCAGCCGAUCUGCCUGCCAAGUUUAAGUCAAUGCUUGUUCCUGGCAAGAUCCAACACAUUAUUUGCACAGGCAAUCUUUGUAUCAAAGAAGUUCAUGACUAUUUGAAGACUCUUUGUCCUGACUUGCAUAUUACUCGAGGUGAAUAUGAUGAAGAAAUGCGAUAUCCAGAGACCAAAACGCUUACUAUUGGUCAAUUCAAGUUGGGCGUUUGCCAUGGACAUCAGGUUAUUCCAUGGGGGGACUUAGACUCACUAGCAAUGCUCCAGAGACAACUGGAUGUAGACAUACUCGUGACCGGUCAUACACAUCAAUUCACAGCUUACAAACAUGAAGGAGGAGUUGUUAUAAACCCAGGGUCUGCCACAGGUGCCUACAGCAGCAUUACUUAUGAUGUAAAUCCUAGCUUUGUGCUCAUGGACAUUGAUGGCUCACGGGUCGUGGUGUAUGUGUAUGAACUCAUUGAUGGAGAGGUUAAAGUUGACAAGAUUGAUUUUAAGAAGGCAACUACCACUACUCACCCUGCUCAUUGAAGCUAUAGCUCACCAGCUUUUGCUUUAAAUUUCCUCAAACUCUGAUCUCAGCUUGUAAUCUAUGUAAUCCACCAUUUGUGCAAGUUUUGAGUUCUGGAAGCUUUUGUUUAGUUGUUGUCGUUAUUGAUUGACCAACCAUAAGAAUUUCUAGGUUUUUUUUUGUUCUCUAUAGAAAUAUGGUUGAACAUGUUGCUAAUUUAGUAAUCAAGUGCUUUUAUCGUC